CCACUUAAAACCAAGUGGGCUGUGAGCUCGUUCACCCAUCUAAGCAAUAAAAAAAAAUCUUACUAUUACUAAUUUGUGCAAAAUAAAGCCAACAUAAACCAACUGAGCACGCAAAAUAAACACACGCAUGGUUAAAAAUUUUUUAACAUUAGAAGUGCUAAAAUCAACCAAAAUCAAUCAAUCUAAUCAAAAUUACUUGUAAGUUACAAAGAAACAUUAAAAAAUUUUAUCGCUAAGAAAAAAAGAUGAUUGGCUUAUGUGAAGAAUCUGGUAUCCUAAUAUAAAAUAUGUAAAAAAAAUUAAAUAUCAAAAAUAAAAACAUUAAAAAAUUUCAUAUGAAAUUCAAAGGUCAUGUCCAUAAUAUUUUUACCGCCGGCCAUUUUGUCAUUUGACCCACCUGUGGUAAAUCCGCUUAGCGGACCUAACGGUUUUUUUUGUAUCUUAACGGUUGAAUUUUUUACAUUUGCUACUAAAAUACACGUAUGUCGUACUUAUUAGAUUGAAGUUCACUAUAUAAUGAUCUGAUUACACAAUAAUUUUAAUAAAUUUCAUAAUUUUUCAAACAGAUAUAACAAAAUAAAAUCAACGACUAAAUCAACGAAAAAUGAAAAAUUUUUGUACCACAGACCAAACAAAUUUUAUGUAAUAAAGCGAACCUAUUCAUGCUUAGUCGAUUUUUAAAGUACUUCAGAACGAGAGCUCUAGUAAAAAAAUGUAACAGCCCAUAAUAUAGGAAGUCCGCUGAGCGAACGCGCCACUGUGCCCGCCACUGACCGCAUUUGUGGGAAGUCCUUUGAGCGGACAGGUCACUGUUGAUAGAUAAAUGUGAUUUGACAUUUCAUGUAUCUGUGGAGUCCGCCGGACGGACACCACACUGUGGGGAGGUGAAAAUCUUUCCACCGCCUCCCAUGUCAUGCUCAGGGAGGAUUCCGUUAGACGUUCAAUGCAACCACCUUACUCUGGUCCUCAUAGAGUUGUAUCUAUAGCCGAGAACGGAAAAACUUGGUCGAUUGAAGUAAAAGGGGAACAGGUGACGGUCAGUGUCGACAGAAUUAAGCCAGCUUUCGUCGAAAAUUCUUUAGCAGAUCUCAUUCCGGCACAAGCACCGCAGGUUUCUGUGCCUCAAACAGCGCAACCGGAUGCUACUGAUGUCCCUUCGUGUCCACUUGUGCCUUCGGCACCUCUAAUUGCUACUCCUACGCAUACACCGCAAUAUACCACCCGGUCAGGUCGCAGAGUCCACUUCUCCAAACCUUUCGACCUAUGAUCACUUUUCUCUUUUUUUGCGGAUUCUCCUUCUCCAAUAUGGU